CGGCAUCCGAUUUCUCAUUGUCAACGCCAUGGCAGCCGGUCUUAGAACCGUCAUUCUUCUGUCUUUUGUCCUUGCUGUUGGAUUCCUAUUGAUCAUUCUCUCAUGUGCAUUAUGGCAGAACUGGCUCCCUCUGCUUGUCGCCCUCACCUUUGUCAUUGCUCCUCUGCCAAACGCACUCUUCGCGCACUGCGGAAACGAUGAAUUCACCACCAGCUACGACUCGGCGUCUGGUGCUGUAGAUUUGGGUCGCUUCAUCACUGCCAUGAUUGUCAUCACCGGCUUCGCCCUCCCCAUUGUCCUCACCCAUUCAGAAGUUAUCACGCCAGGAGCUUGUGCCAUGUCGAUAGCAGGAGGAGGGCUUGUCUAUGGAACCAUCCUGGCUUAUUCUGCUGCCUUCAGCCAAGAAGAUUCUGAAUACGAUUAAUUCCUCUCAGGCUGGAACCUGUUCACGACACCGCGUCCUCUGUUGUCUGAUUCUUCUGUUCGCUCUUGCCCAUUGUAUUCUAUUACUGUUCCUCGUAAACGGACUAUGUAAAUUCUCGGAAAUAUGAUAUCUAAUA